GUCGGACAGACCCUAGAUACCGACCCGCGGACGGCCCUCAGUGACUUACCCCUGACGUAGCGGAGGUUUUGGCGCCUUUUUGAGAAAUUUCUCUCUGUUAUCGUCUGACCUAGAUUUAGAGGAGACACAUGUUGACAUGAAUGGAAAACUGCCUGAAGGUUGUGGUGCUGGGUGGGGACACGGCUGGAAAGACCAGCCUCAUCCUUGUCAAGACUAAGCACAAGUUCCCGUACCGGAGAGUCCACCGACUGGCGGAUCCAACGAUAGUCAGGACCCGGAUUGAUGGGAAGACUUACACGUUCUCUGUGUGGGACACGAAAAAGAUAGAGCUAUGUGAACAGCUUCACUCCCCCGGCCCCGGACACACCACCGACGUGUUCAUGCUGUGUUUCGCGGUGGACGAUCGGCCGGCAUUCCAAGCUCUCACCCACAAAUGGCUGCCGCAGCUCAAAACCAGGUUCCCGUUUGUUCCCGUGGUUCUAGUUGCUUGUAAAGUCGAUCUGCGGUCCUACCCUUCUGCAUCAUCAACAACAAAUCACGUGACUUAUGAAGAAGGCAACGCGGUUGCGGAGCAACAUGGUUCAAUCUACUGCGAAACAAGUGCUCUCCACGCAGAGGGGGUCACAGAAUGCUUUAACCUUUCAGUGAGAUAUGCCGACCUGAACCUGGACAAAAGAGACAGCCCCGGGGCACUGUGUUCCUGUAUCCCCAGCAGGUCCCGGUCCUACCUACACGUACACAUGGUCCGGCCCCCAGAUAUUCCUCCGGAGUUUGAGAUUUUGUCCUCAACGUUUGCCAAUGAUUGGCUCGAGACCCUCAAAGACAACAAGCAUUGUGACGUCACGUGUCUUCUUCAAGGUCAGGAAUUUGAUGCAAAUCAGGUCAUUCUCUGUUCAGCAUCUGGGUUCUUCUGUCGACUGUUUCAGACAGGAAAGGUUUUCACAAGCAUCCCCACCCCUGUUGCCUCCUUUACCCGGGACGUGGUCUCCAGACACUCUACAAUCCAGAUCGAUAGCUCCAUAUCACUGGAAGUCUUCAAACUAGUCCUGGAAUUCCUCUAUACCGGCUCUGUGUCCGAGCUGGGUAAUAAUGAUGACAAACGUGACAUAGCAAUGGACCUCAUCAAUGUCGCUAGGAUGUUUGAAUUAAUAGAAUUAAAGACUAUUUGCGAAAACGUUUUGAACGAGAGGGAGUACCUGAAUCCUAGUUUAGGCAGCGCGGUGUGCGACCGGACAGGGGAACGUCUCAAAGACCUCUUUCUGAAUUGUGUGGAUACCAGUGACGUAGUCUUUAUAGUAAAGGGUAAAAGACUCUACGCCAACAAGGUGGUGCUGUCUACAAGAUGUGACGUCAUGACAAGGAUGUUUUCAGGGAACUUUAAAGAGUCGAAAUCCGAACUAACAGAAAUAGAAAUCCCGAAUUUUACAACAGAGAGCUUUCUGCUGUUUCUGGAAUAUUUAUACUCUGAUCACGUGAACUUUGAGAACGCGGACGUGUUCGAAAUUCUGAAAAUAGCGGACAUGUACUGCCAGACCCGGCUGUUGACGAUGUGCGAGUACUGUGUCUCUCGGAAGGCGCAGUCCUGGACCCUCAGGAAACGCGCCGACCUUGUGUUCCAGGUCCUGCUUUGUGUUCAGCCAUUCAACACGGUGAAUUUGAUUAACUGGUGCCUGUUUGAGUUGUCCAAACACACGGACAAAGUGAGAGCACACAAAGACUAUGGUAAACUGAGCGAGGAGAACCGUAGAGCGGUGGAGGCCCGGGGGCCGCUCCAGGGGGGCAGGGACAAGCGCCCAACCCACGAAAACCACUCCUACAGAAAGAACUGCGUGAUCCUCUAAAAACCAAAGCGUCAUACUAAGUAUGAAUACAUUUGGAUCUUUAAAAAAGUCUCGUUUGUUAAAUUCAAACAUAUUUGUGAUGUUUAUGACGAAAUAUAAGUGAAUAGCAAAGACAUGGUUGCAUGACGUGUGAAAAAUGUGCCACAUUCUCACUUAAAGAACCCACCAAUAUCAAUGUAAUGCGUCACACAUGCCAUAAAUGGACACUUAAAACGCAAUGCAUCUGGGCGUCACCCGUAACUUACUUCGAGGCUUAACGCAUUGCGUCACUCGCAUAAUGUGACUUCCUUUUACGAGGAAAUAAAAUUCCUGUCUUUUCUGAAUCAUUUAAUCCGGUUAUAAACUCAUGGGAUCCCGCAUGUUUUACUUAAUAUACUGUUUUAUUUAUGCUGGUAUCACGUGGUAGCGGAUGUCUCCAGAAUGUUCAUUCAGGAAUCUCCUUUGA